GAACGAGAUCUCUCUUUGCCGCUGUGCUGUACUACUGUGAAGAGCUGCUGGGCCCGGCUGUCCUCUCCACUCGCUCUCCUCUCCUCGCGAAACCCUUCCCUCCUCUCCUCCACGAUGGCCGCCGCCCUCCGCCGGUGCCCAUCCCUCCUCCUUCGCCGCCAGCUCCUCUCCACCCAAACCCAGCUCCAGACCCCUGCAACCCCCGUCGAGCUCUCCCGCCUCAAGUCCUCCAUCCGCAACGCCGCCACCACGCCGGACGAUCUCGCUUCCCUCUUCCUCUCCGCCCUCCCCCACCCCGCCUUCCUCGCCGACCGCCCCCUCUUCGCACUCUCCGUCCACCGCCUCGCCUCAGCCGGCCGCCGCGACCUCGUUGCCUCCAUUCUCUCCUCCUCCCUCACCGCCCUCCCCAAGCCCCACCCCUCCGAGGGCUUCCUCAUCCGCCUCAUCUCCCUCUACUCUGCCGCAGGCAUGCCCGACCACUCCCUCACCGCCUUCAACCUCGUCCACCCGCCCUCCGACCGCGCGCUCUCCGCCCUCCUCUCUGCCUACCACGACAACCGCCUCUACGACCGCGCCGUCCAAGCCUUCAACACCCUCCCCGACGAGCUCAGCAUCAAGCCGGGCGUCGUCUCCCACAACGUCCUCCUCAAGUCCCUCGUCGCCAGCGGUGAUGUCGCCGCCGCCCGCGCUGUGUUUGACGAAAUGCCAGACAAGGCCGGCGUCCAGCCGGACAUCGUUUCCUGCAAUGAGAUCCUCAAAGGCUACCUCAACAACAGUGACGAUGCCGCCUUCAACGAACUACUUAAGGAGAUCACUGCUCCCAGAAGGCGACUGAAGCCCAAUGUCGGGACCUACAACCUCCGGUUGGCUGCGCUGUGCGCGAAAGGGAGGAGCUUUGAGGCUGAAGAGUUGCUGGACGCCAUGGGGGCGAAGGGUGUGCUGCUCAACCGGGUGAGCUUUAACACGGUCGUCAAGGGGCUCUGCAACGAGGGGGAGGUGGGUGCUGCCAUGGCGCUAUUCAAAAAGAUGCCAGAGGUGCGCAGGCAGAAGGGCACAGGGGUGCCGCCCAACUUCGAGACUUACAACAUGCUGCUUGAGGCGCUGGUCAACAAGAGCGUGUUUGGUCCUGCGCUGGAGGUAUGCAAGGAGUGCUUGCAAAACAAGUGGGCACCACCGUUCCAAUCUGUCAAAGGGUUGGUUCAGGGUUUGGUCAAGAGUAGGAAGGCCAAACAAGCGAAGGAGAUUAUCAUGGCAAUGAGGAAGGCCGUCAAGGGUGAUGCCAAAGAGGAGUGGGUCAAAGUUGAGGCUGAGUUUCCAUUGGUGCUUGUUGACAAGAAAGAGGAACCAUGCAUGGCAUAGUUGAAUAGGUCGUAAUUCCCGGUUGAGAUCUGUUAUUCGCUUGAAACGGUUUGUUUUAGAUGGGAUUUGCAUUUUGAAUUAAUGGGGCGGGUGAUUGCCAAUGGUUUACUCUUUACUCAUGUUUGCUUAAUUAUGACAUACAGUGCUUCUCAUACCGGCUCUUCGUUUCAAUUGGUUUUAUCUUCUUGUUUUAUAACCUCUUAUUACCUAUAACAUCUGGUGUCUUUCGUUCUGGUUGUUGUGAACAAUCUUGAAUGCUAUACAAAUGGCCGAGCUGGUUUGAUGUA